AUGAAUAUUCCUCGAGGAUCGAGGGAACACCAGUAUGAUCCUCGCCCGGUGCAACCGCCAGGGGAGUCCUCGUCACGAGCUUCGCCACUUAGUGUUCAGACGAAUCCAACGAUGAGCGCCAACUUCAAAGUGCAGAUGUGGCAAAACCGACCAUUUGAUAGUGGUGUUCAUACGAUGACCCACAGUCAGGCACCCUCGAUGAUGUCGAUGACGUCCAUUCACGCCGGAUCACAGAUCUCCACGAUGUCAUCGGUCGUUGACACUGACGCUUCUGAAUUAACUGACCAACAACAACAAAAAUUCGAAAACAUCUCGUUGGCACUGUGUCCAACGCAUCCGGAAUACGCAAACGCUGAGGGAGUAAUUCCUGAGCUGAUCAAUCUUAUGAAGGAUAGUGACGAGGUGGUCGUCUAUCGAGCGUUGUUCAUCAUGCAGAAUAUUGCGAAACUUGAUGCCGACAUUUCACGGACGCCAAGUGCUCGGAUUCGCGGUGGAGAUGCUGUGACGGCUAUCGUAAAUGUGCUACAAGUACGAAGGAAUACACCAAAUAUCAUUCGUAUGGCGUUAGGGACGUUGUUUCAAAUUUGUAUACGGACCGAUGGCCUCGAUGACGUGGCCAGAGUGAACGCGCAGUGCAACGGUGAACUGAUUCGAGUGCUUGUCGAACACGCAAGGACGGUGCCGUUCUCAUGUUACAAAUAUGCACUACUAACACUACAUAGCCUGAUAUCUGACAAGGUGCAUGGUCUUCAAUGCGCACAACAAGCGCGACAAAUGGACACGAUGCAAGUUGUGUCAGAAUGGUUACAACAUGAGAAAAGCGAAAAACUUCUGCCGGUGAUUGUGGAUCUAGUACGGAUUCUAUGCGAUAAAAAUCAUGAGCAAAAGAAUCCACAGGUGCUGGUACAGUGUAACGCACCAGCCGUCCUCGCUCCACAACUUGCUCACGACUCCGAACGUUUAGUGCAGGUGUCGUUGGAGUGCUUACGGAAUAUCAGCGAUGUGCCAACGGAUGCGAACCGAUUCGACCUGUUACGUUCGCUGUUGCGUCUGUUUGGUCAUCGAAAUCAAAAAGUCAUGCGUUACACCCUCGACAUUCUAGCUAAUCUCUGCGCAAACAACAAGAUAAACAAGGAAUGUAUUUUGUCAAUUUUAUGUACAUUAUGUGUUGGAAACACUAUGGUAGAAGAUGUUCGUGUGGAAGUGUUUCGUUAUCCGCAGCUAUUUCUUGAAAAACUUAUACACAUGAGACCAGUGUUGUUAAAACAGACGUUACAGGUAUGCUUCUACUCUGAUAUGGCGAUAAAUAUUUUAAGUUUGAUACUUUACUGUUAA